CACAUCCUCCUCUCUAUCUCUCCCCCCUUUUGUAGUCGACCAAGUGAAAUAGCCAGGACGGAGACCCAAGGCAGCAGCAUCUUUGACUGGGAGACACAAGUAAGGACAUCGGAAUGAUGAUGGAACAGCAAGCAAACAGCAGUCCCACUGCGGAUGAACUUAAAAAAGACCAACAUCUUAAGAAGGGUGCAAUUCUGGUGGAUGGAGUUAUCUUGAAUGGACCCCUUCUGGACGCAAAAGCAGGCGAGAAGUUUAUUGAAGACGCAUUCCCAAUCAUCAUGGAAGAUGCUAUAAGGAAAGCCACUGACGUUAAUGAAAAGGUCUGUGAAUGGCAGCAUCCUGAAGACCUGAAGAAGCUUCUUGACUUGGAAUUGAGGGACACUGGGGAGUCCCAUCACCAACUACUGCAACGUUGUCGGGACGUUAUAAAGUACAGUGUGAAAACAGGUCAUCCAAGAUUCUACAACCAACUAUAUGCUGGGAUGGAUCACUAUUCCCUUGUUGCCCGUUUUAUUACCGAAGCCCUCAAUCCCAGUGUCUACACCUAUGAGGUUGCACCAACAUUUGUGCUGAUGGAAGAGACUGUUUUAAAGAAGAUGAGGGAACUUGUAGGCUGGGCAGACGGAGAUGGGAUCUUCAGCCCUGGAGGCUCUGUUUCCAACAUGUAUGCAGUAAACCUGGCCCGAUACAAGCUCUGCCCGGAGUUAAAGGAGACUGGGCUCUCUGGUGCUGUCCGUAUGGCAAUGUUUACAUCUGAGGAGUGUCACUACUCAGUGAAGAAAGCUGCUGCCUUCCUUGGAAUUGGCACCCGUAACGUCUACGUGGUGAAAGCUGACAAAAGAGGCAAGAUGAUACCAGCAGAACUGGAGAAAGAAGUUCAAAGAGCCAAGAAAGAAGGGGCUCUGCCAUUUAUAGUCAUUGCCACUGCCGGGACAACGGUACUGGGAGCAUUUGACCCUUUGAAUGAUAUUGCAAACAUCUGCCAAGCUCAUGGGAUCUGGUUCCAUGUUGACGCAUCGUGGGGAGGUAGUGCGCUGAUAUCCAGAAAACAUCGUUCUCUUCUGAAUGGUAUCCACAGGGCUGAUUCAGUUGCAUGGAAUCCACACAAAAUGCUGAUGGCCGGUAUCCAGUGCUGUGCUUUUCUUCUGAAGAACAACACAGGCUUGAUAGACAAAUGCCACUGUGCCCAGGCCAUGUACCUGUUCCAACCGGAUAAGUUUUACAACGUGGAAUAUGAUAAAGGUGACAAGUCAAUUCAGUGCAGCAGGAGGGCUGAUGCUUUCAAAUUCUGGUUAACAUGGAAGGCUAUUGGGUCAAGUGGACUGGAGGAAAGGGUCAACCGUGCUUUUGCAUCAGCCAGGUAUCUGGCAGCAGAAAUUAAGAAGAGGAAUGAAUUCAGGUUGAUUCUGGAGCCAGAGUACACAAACGUCUGCUUUUGGUACAUACCACCUAGCCUGAGAAAUGUGCCCGAGAACCAGGAUUUCUGGAAGAAACUUCACAAGGUUGCACCAGUAAUUAAGGAGAGGAUGAUGAAAAAAGGAAGCAUGAUGGUGGGUUAUCAGCCUCAUCGUGACAAAGUCAACUUCUUCCGUCAAAUCAUCAUCAGCCCUCUCGUCAGCCGUGAGGAUAUGGACUUUAUUCUCAAUGAGAUCGACUGUCUGGGGAAGGACUUGUAAUUUGCUUUAAGGCGUAGGCAAUGUGUUUACAGUUACCAAAUGUUUGCUAGAAAGUGUUCAAGAUGUUCAGGCUUUAGUUUAGAAAAUGGGGAAGAACUAACAUACUCAAUUUUAGCAUGAACAAAAUUAACCUUGAUGAAGCAGACUUCACCCAUCAGAACACAUAAAUGAUAGAUAAUAGGGCAUCAUAAACCUGCUUAUUUUACAGAACAACAUCAAGGCUUAGUGAACUCUUGAUGAAAUGUUUCUGAUCUGUAUUUAUAGUCACUUAUGGUGAGCUGGUCUUAUGGUAUAAGUGUCCUUGUGGACAUAGUAAUGGUGUACAUCUUUGCUACCUCCGUGUCUCUGAAUCUGGACAGAAAAGUAGCCUAAACUAAAGGACUUGCCUAUUGCUAAAUCCAGAUCACGUUUUGGCAGGGAGCAUCUUGACUUGCCCAGCUUCAUUACCAGAAACGAUUCUUUUGCUGCAGCCACUUUGACUCAAAAUAUUAAAUCUAUCUAAGUCAUGAGAUAGGUCAGAUAUAUGAACUUUUAAGAAAUUAGAUUCUAAUUUCUUCAAUUUUGGCCAUGUGGACAUCAGAUUUUAUUUCUGCUUGGUGGCAAAACGCUAUUCAGCAAAUAACAUUGAAUUUUCAUUUGCUGGUAUAUUAAUUUAUGAAGCUUAAUUUCCAACCUAUCUCUGUGACAUGGCAAUGAAAGGGCUGCCUUGGUUGGCCCUUGUACCCACAGAAGUACCUACAUUUCUGUGGGUAUUUUCCUGGCUGCAGUUAACAUGGGUGAAGGAAGCUAAAGUACAUUAUGGAUCACGCAUGACGGAUCCAAAAUGAACACUCAUUUAUUUUAAUGAAAAAUCCAAGAGGCCUAAGACCAUGAAUUGCCAGCAUGAGGCAUUUCCCGAAAAACUGUCACCUAUAUUACUGGUACGGGAAAGAACCAAUCAUUCCUUUGGUCUGAGUGUCUGCAGAAAUGUAAAAUUACCGCAUAGCACAUUGUGCUUUGCCUGUCACCAGAAUCAUUAGAACAACAUUAAAUCGUGAUCUUCAUGCUAAAAAGACAGCAAGAGCAAUGAGAGUUCACUGAAGGUGCAAUAUUACGAGGUACAACUGUGUGUGUGUCACUCACACGACAUAGCGCUGCUGCACUAUUAGUUACAUUAGUGACAUGUUGUUGAGCUUAGCUUCAUUUAAUUCUUGGCUAUUAUUCCUGCAGCUUACUAGGUACUGUACAUUGGAGUGUGCAAGUUGCUUUGCGCAUGUUUGAAAGAGUGAUGUGAGAUGUCACGACAGGAACUACAUGGUCGCCAGGGCCAGAAUUUCAUUUUGUAACCUUCCCCCUUGCCCAAGGCAUCCAAAUGUACAGGGUACCUUAGUGCCUUCCUGACAAUCCACAAACGGUACUUCUGAAGGUUUUGAACAGCAUGUUUUUUACUUAGAACAUCUAUUUCAAAGCUUUCAAGUCACUUUUUACGGGAAGAUCGCUCCAGACUAACUGUGCUGCUACAAUAGAUUAGGAAAGUACAGCAUCUGCAAUAUUAUGGCUCAUCUCUGUACGAUGACAAAGCUUUUUUUUUUAGAAAACAGCCUUUAUAUCAAUGUAAUAUAGUUUUUGAUUGCCUAGUGCUGGAGUAUACACUUUUAACCUGCCUGCAAAAUAAUUCUGUAGAAGCGAGGUAGAAUUGAAACAUUCACUGUAUGAGGAAAGGAUCAGGGUACAGCAAGGUCAGGAAUAAAGUGUUGAAAUGUUGCCAGCUGUCCAACUCCUUUGUCGGGAGGAACUGCAGAUGCUGGUUUACCAAAGAAAGACAUAAAAUGUGAGAGUAAGUCAGUAGUACCUCUGAAGGUUUAGAAAAGACAAGGAUUAGUACGGGUGUGAGGGGUUGUGGGGAGAAGGCAGGAGAAUGGGGUUUGGAGGGAGAGAUAGAUCAGCCAUGGUUGAAUGGUGGAGUAGACUUGAUGGGCCGAAUGGCCUAAUUCUGCUCCUAUCACAUGACUUUAUGACAAGGUCUCACACAGAUACAUUUCUUUUGGUAUUUUGUUUUUGAAGAGUUAUUUAUUUUGUUUAACUGCUGUUUUUUUUAAUUUUCUAUGAUCAUUGUUACAUUUAUUUGAAUAUUCAGUGAAGAUGUAUCACAUGCAGAAUGUUAUAUGUACACCUCAUCUUGAGUCUCAUUGAAUGUAUUUAUUUAUGUAUGGAUAUAUCUGAUCUGCUCAGAUAGAAUGCAAAACAAGGGUUUUCACUGUACCAUGGUACAUGUGACAAUAAUAAUUCUUCAUCAUUUCUAACCACUGCUUUUUGAAGGCAGUUGAUUCUCUGCCCUACCAAUAUUCAGUCCCAUGCUUCCCUUAUGGGAAUUUCCUUUCAAUGUAGAAAUGAUGCUAUGAGAUUUGAUUGUUAAUUCUGUGCUUCCAAAUAUACAAGCAUAAAAUAUGGCUGCAGAUGUAAAAUUGUUGGAUGGAAGUUGCCACAUUUGUCAUUAGCUUACAAGAACAAAGAUGGCCGUCUCUAAAACAAGAGGGGAAAAGUGUGUCAAGGCAUGACCCACACAGAAGACUAACGGGAAAAGGUAGCGAGUAUGAAUUUGUAACAUUAUCUUCAAUACCUCCAACAGCGGGGCAGUGACCAAGUCACUGGACAAGGCAACCAAUGGCCUGAUUUAGAAACUCGGCAAAUUUGAAAAUAAAUCUGGGAAAUAAAGCUGGCACCAGUAGUGCUGACCGUGAAACUAUUGGAAAGUUGUCAAAGUGCAUCUGAUUCACUUGUACUCGCUAUCCUUAUCUGGUUGAACCUAAUGAGAGACUCUAGAUCCACUGCCAAGUGGUGAUACUUCAGUGCCCCUUGAAAAUCUGUAGAUGCUAAAUAUUGCAAAUGCUGGAAAUGAUCAUUUCUGAUAAUACUAUAUGAACAAUCUACAGUAUCAAAGUCAGUAGAGAGUAUUAUCAGAAAUGAAACCUUAUCCUGUCAAUUGACAUAAUUGAACAAAGUCUUAAGAUUGAAAAUCACCCUCAAAAUGUUCUGGAGAUUAACCACCAAAUUAGAAAAUGCAAAUCAGAGGGCAAUCCGAAUAGAUUUGGGCAGUUGGUGAGUUUAAAAGGACAUUAUCCAAAUCUUUGAUUUAAUUAUAUUUACCCCUCAAGCCUAGAUACCAAGGUAAAACUGUUGCCUAUUUUAAUUCUCUUUGAGUGCCACAAUACUGUUUUAACAUUCCUGCAAUUUCCCUUAGCUUGGAAUAAUCUGCAUUGGAGGGACUAGAUUCUAUUUCUUCUGAUGUCCACGAGAAAAAUAAAGUCCCUGGUUGAGUCCCCUUCACCAGUAUGUAACUGGCUUGAGAAAUGUUGUAUUGGUUUGGAGAAGAACUGGUAGGAUGACAGUGGCAAACCUAAUGAAAUCUGGGAAGAUAGAUAGUGAUCUCCAUUUGUAGCUGUGAAAUCCUUAUCCAAUAAUGAUUAUAUCCACUUAAAAUGAUUCUGAUAUUGCAAGUUGAAUGGCAAUUUUUUGUUGUCCUGAGACUACUACUAAUUGAUUACCUCAUCAGGGUUUGUCUUUAUAUAAUGGCCAUCUACAAAUUUAAGAUAUUGGGGUAAAAGACAAGACAACCUGUAAUUUUUCUGUUUCCUGAUAAACAUCCUGGUAGGUUUUUUUUUAUACAACUUACUGAUUAAUGAGUCUCGUUGUGUAUUCAUUAAGUUGUACAUGUGGGAGAAUUUCUAAUGAUUAUUUAUUGUUCAAAUUUUAACAGCAAAUCCGAAGAAUAUCUUUGUCAUUCCAUCUAAAUUCAUACAGGGAAAUAUAUAUUCCUUUUGGUACUGCAGAGUGUGUUCACUUUCCAGUUGGCUGAGAAGUGGGUGGCAGGUUGAGGGAGGGAUUGGGAGAAUAAGUAUGCAGGACAGUUGACAGAAGGAUGACACCUCUAUGGUUCAAUGUAGGCAGAGUUGGUCAUAUCCACUUAGGCCACCUUGUAGUGUUGCCAACCUUUAAUCAACCUACUGAACAUAGUUUAAAGGGGAAAUAUACAAGUGCUUAAAAACAUUAACUGCCAUCAAUUGAGCAGGUCAACAUCAGAGUGUUGGAUUUUAAUAGAACAAGGUCAAGUUCUCCAAUGAUCUAAGUUGCUAGUGUGCUGCCGUUACAGUGUUGUGCUGUCACUAAAGCACACAUCUGCAGCUAUACACCACUGCACUUGAAAUAAAACAGUUUCUGAAGUGUUGAUCGCAGCGAGAGAAAUGUUGCAGUGCUCCUUAUCUUUCUGUUACCCACCAAUAUCUGUCGUAGUAUAAGAAUUAAUUUGUCCACAAUUCAACUCCACUGAGCUACUCGAGCUACAUGCCAAGAAUGUACAAUUACAAUGGCUUUACUAGUUGGGAUAAGGUUUCCGCAUUAUUUUACAUAAUGCGGCUUUCUUGGUGUUUUGGACCAUUUAAUAUAAAGUAGAACCAACGCAUCAAAACAGCUGUACUAGUACUUUUUAUACUCAACUUAUUGGGCUGAAUGUACUUGAAUUAGACAAAGUAAAAGUAAACACUGUUAUGGUUUAAUGUAAAACAAAAGAUUUCUGUAUUUAAUGUAGUCAAAUAAAAAAUGAUGAAUCUAA